GGGGGGGGGGUGGGGGGUCGUUCUGGAUCUGGGAGCUGGUUUGGUCCGUCUGCUGCUGGUGAUGUUGUGUUUGGAUGAGCAGCGAGUAGCCUGACGCGUCUCCUCAAAAAAGGCCGGGACGAGCCUUUCAGCUGAGCCCGGAGGACCAAGUCACCCUCCUCAUGGGAGCCGGGACAGUGUGUCGAGACCUCUGGUGUUAACCAGGUACUGUGAGACGGUUAGCCUGGCCCAAAGUGCCUCACCAAUUCCUGUUGAAGGUGGGACCCAACCAACCCUCACGGUGGAAACGAGAAGAAGAGCCAAGAUGAAUGCUGUGCGCGGGGGCACAGUCACCUGGCGUCCCCAGCCAUGGCAGGAUGGGGACGGGGGAGGAGGAGAACCUCUGUCGGACAGCGACUCAGAGGAGGAGGACUUCCCCGACGACAGCACCACCCCUUUGGGAGACUACAUCACACAUGGUCUGAAGCAGCUACUGGAUGCCCAGCAGUUGUGUGAUGUCACUCUGCUUGUUGAGGGGAAGAAGUUCAUGUGUCACAGAGUCCUCUUGGCGGCCGUGAGCCCGUACUUCCGGGCGAUGUUCACCAGCCCUCUGGUUGAGUCCCGCCUCACCGAGAUCCGACUGGAGGAGGUGACACCGUCCGUCAUGGAGACCGUCAUUCAGUUUGUGUACACCGGGGAGGCGGGGCUCUCUCUGGAAACAGCCGAGGACCUUUUUGUGGCCGCGAACCGGCUUCAGGUCAUGCCUCUUCAAGACCUGUGCUCCAGGUUCCUAUUCGAGCACCUCUCGGUGGAUAACUGCCUGGGGAUGUACUCUCUUGCUCGCUCUCAUCAUGACCAGCUGCUGCUGCGUGCCUCCCUGCGUCUGGUAGCCCAGCACUUCCCCCGUGUGGCCCGGCAGAAAGACUUCCUCCUGCUCGACCACGGCACCUUAGGAAGCCUCCUGAGCUCCGACCGUCUGGGGGUGGACUCUGAAGCAGAGGUUUACGAUGCGGCACGUCGCUGGGCAGAGCACCAACCCUUGGAUCGCUACGCCCACAUGCCGGCGCUGCUUCACCACCUGCGACCCGGGCUGCUGUCCCAAGAAGAGAGCAGAAGACUUUGCCAGGAGUUGGGGCCCGCCGCAGCUGGUGAGGGCCUUGGGGGGCCGCUGAGACCUCGGGAGGGCAUGUUUGAGAAAAAGAUUGUCUGUGUGGACCUGACACCUCGGGAAGAUGAGGAUUUAGCCAGAAGAGACUACACAGUGGACUGCUUUGAUCCUCGGACAGGGAAGUGGGAGAAGUUAGCGGCGCUGGGUUCUCUGGUCAGUCCCGGCUGUACGGCUGUAGGGGACCGGCUGUUUGUAGCGGGUGGGAUCCUGCGGACGGGCUCUGUGUCUGCAGCUGUGCAUGAAUAUGAUGCAGUUCUUGACCGCUGGAUGGAGAGGCCUUGUAUGUUUCAGCCCCGAGCUAUGCUGGGUCUACUGGGCUGUGGAGACUCACUCUAUGCCUUGGGUGGUAGUAACCGCUCUGCUCUGCUGGACUCCAGUGAGACUCUGGAGCUAUCUACACUGCAGUGGGCUCCGGGACCUCGACUACCGCUCCCUCUGCGCGCCUUUGCCUGUGCAGCACUGCGUGGGCGGCUCUACCUUCUUGGUGGAACUACACUUGAACAGAACCGGGCUGUGGUCCACUCAGGGGUGCUUAUUUAUCACACCCUCACAGACUGCUGGACGCGUGUGUCUCUGGACUCUGGUGCCACCUGCCUCGCUGGAGGAGUGGCUGUUCGAGGAGGGGUCUGUGCAAUCGGAGGAUAUAUGAGAGAUACAACCAAGUUCCUGGAUGGAAACUACACCAAUCUGGAGACUUUAGACGCCACCGGGCGUGUGCUGUUUUUCAGGGAGGGCAGGGGGUCUGGAGUAGAGAGGGAGGUGACUGGGGGAGGAGUCAUGGUCAGCGCAGAGCAGCGGGGGGUUGCAGGUGGUGGAAGCGACCGAGCGCCGAGCCCUGUGGUAUUCCCAGGGCUGCCUCGGCGGAUAGCGGCGGGGGGUGUGGCCAGGUGGAAACGCAGGAUUUAUGUGCUGGGUGGGGAAAAUGGCUCACGGUUUUAUGACAGUGUAUACUGUUGGAAGCCCGGCUGGCGCAGCUGGGUCCAGAGACGGGAGAAACUCCCCGGAGACACUGGAGGGGUGAGCCAGUUUGGGUGUACCACCUUAAAGUUCCCUAAGAAACACAUCCUGUCCAGACUGAGACUAGCCAAAGAAAACUGCAAGAAGGCAGUUGACUAGCUGAAUGGAGACCAGUAGGACGGAAGUGGAGUCUGUUGUUCAUGUGACACAGAGACGGGCUCCAGGCGGAGGUUGAAUUAGCUCCUUCUUGACCUCAAUACAUUUUGAUCUUCAGAUGAAGUAACAAGGAAGAAACCAUUUUGUACGAUGUGAGUGCAGCCACAGAGAAGGCCUGUAAUGGAUGCACAUGGAUCUUAUAGAAAUGAAUACAGAAAUAUUCAGGCAGAGAGAAAGUGGAGCCACAAACUGGCGGUCAGGCGUCCUGCACCUGAAUGUAACCUUAUCCACUAUUGGUCCGAGCAGUCAGGUCCUUUUGAGAAAGAAAUAAAAAAAAAAAGGCCUUUCAUUGAUUUCUUUCUUGAACUGUGUAAUGUUAUUUUCAGAUUCUUACUGGUGAAAUAUGUUCAAGGCUGUUUGGAAAUCUUUUAAUGCUGUGAAGUUUUCAGUAUUGUUCAGUUUAGACACAAGGAUACAGAAAAACCCUGGCAGUAAAAGUAAUUCGCUGACGAUGUUAAAGUUGACCUAUUCUGCUGAUCCUCUUUUUAAAAAAUCACAGUGUUACAAAGCUGGAUGUCCAAACUAAACGUGGGUAAAGUGUCAGAUCAUGAGGCAAAUUCAUACUGGAGUAAUCCCAGGAUGAGUCUGCAGAGGGGGCUAAACAGCUUGUCCUGCAAAUCACACCAUAGAGACAACUUCAAGCCUCUACGGAAGCCGCUGAAACCUCUUACAUUGGUUCUCUUCUCCCAGCAUUGGAGAGCAGCCCUCCCUUAAAGAGACAGCAGCUGAAAACAACUGUUUCAGGCAGAGGCUGAAAUGAGUUUUUUUUUUUUACUGAAGCCAGUAUCAGAUAAAUAAGGAGUUCUAGGAGCUGCACAUCAUGCUGCUCUAAAAGUGUCACAGACUGACAUCCUGAAAGGUGAACAUGAGGAGGAGAUGGGAUCUUUUUAACGUCUUGCACAUACAUGAUCGUGCAGGUAAAUCAUGACACUUGUGCAGGCUGAUAAUCCACUGUGAAAGACCUAAAGUAGAUAGUCAUGAUGGUACAAUGAUGCCGACUGUUGUAAAGAUGACCCUCAGUAUCCUUGUGUCUGAACGAGCACUGUCCAGCAGAUUCCCAAAACCUUGGAUCCCGGUGAAUUUGUGUCUUUACUUGAUUCUGUAGCUGCGUCAAAAAGACCUUCUUUUUUUUUAUUUCUGUUUGAAUUCCUCCAGCUACAGGACUUCUGAAUGUUUAGGCUAUGGAUUAUCUGAAUACUUUAGCGUUCUUCUUAAUUUAUUGAAAUGUGUUUUGAAAGGUUAUUUUUGUUAUAAACGUUGCUUUUCUCUCUGGAGGGCGCUGUGACGUUCGACAGUCGGGGGAAACAGGAGCUGAUGUAUUGGAUAGUCAAUGAGGGUUUAAACUCAAAUCUUAACUGAUGAUUUUAGUCGAGGUCAGAAAGAUGAGCUCAUACAUGUAAGCACAAUGUUUUGCUUUUAGCCACUCUUUUUUUCUUGCAUUGUUUUUCUUCUUUUUUUCUGUUUUCUUCAUAUUGCUCAAAUAAAGAGACGUCUGCUGGAUGACAACAUUCAGA